AUGCCAGACAAGGACGCCGGAACUCCUCGAGUUUUUCUCAUUCGACAUGGUGAAACUGAAUGGACGAAAUCUGGCCAGUACACAGGAAGAAGUGAUAUUCCUCUCACGGCAGAUGGAGAGAAGCAGGUCAUCUCCUCAGCUCGUGUGGUCGUUGGACCAGGCAAGAUGAUUGAUCCCUCAAGGGUAACUCAACUGUUCAUCAGUCCUCGCCUUCGAGCUCUCCGAACGUACGAAUUGCUAUUUGACGAGCCCACAAGACACCAAUUCGAGGGGAAGGUGGAAAUAACGGAGGAUAUUCGAGAAUGGGAUUAUGGAUUGUACGAAGGAAUUCUACCGUCUCAGGCAAAGGCAGGUCGAAAAGAGCGCGGUUUGGACAGAGAAAAAUCUUGGAAUAUCUGGGUGGAUGGUUGUGAAAAAGGGGAAUCGCCUGCAGAGAUCAAAAGUCGACUUGAUGGUGUCAUUGCAAAGAUCAGAGAGAUUCAAGGGCCUUAUAUGCAUGGAGAGAAGCCUGUGGAUGUGGUGAUCAUUGCCCAUGGACAGAUUCUCAGGGCUUUUGCAAGACGGUGGCUCGGGUUUGAAGUCGGUGUGAAACUUCCCAUGAUGUUAGAGCCAGGGGCCGUCGGGGUCCUUUCUUAUGAGCACCAUAAUGUUGACGAGCCUGCAUUUAUGCUUGGGGUCAACAUGGCAGACAGGGAAGAGUAA